AAAUCAUUUUUUUUUAUCUGUAAUUAUUCCCCAGAAAAGAGAUUCUUCCAAAAAGAGCAGACGAAUGGUAGCUGGCUUCUUUGAAGAAGCUGAUUCUUUCCUGGGCUAUACCAUGCAUGCUAAAAUAAUGCUUGGUGGCUUGAAUUUCGAUGCCCAAUGUGGUCCAGGAACAUGGUAGGCAGGUCAAUGAAUUAAUUAAUUGAUCCAGAAUUAGAUGCCUUCACGCUGCUGCUACUACUGUUAGCUUCAUUUAGGCGAUGGAGGACCAAAAAUGGCGAGAUAACCAGACACAUAAAUUGGACCAACUUUAAUUGGAAAUGCAAGGUGGUGAAGAGGGACCAAGACUAAUACUCUCCAGCAAUAUGGCAACUUGGUUUCUUGACAUGUGUCCGAACAUGUCAUCUCGGAUGACACGCUUGUUUUGCACCCUCUCUUCCAAGGCGGUUUGUUCUGCUUUCUUGUCAGAGUUACAACCUCAGCAAGAUUUCGCCAACAACAGCAACCAGUCGCCUGUUUUACCAGCUUCACAUCGUCUUCUACCUAGCACUUGCCAAAAAAUGGACAGUAAAAAUGGAAGUGAAUGUUCAAAAAGGGUUGUUGAAGCUCCACAAAUUAGACGUGCAUUGACAUUAAUGGAUGCUGAUUUCUUUAAUGAAACUAAGGUACUGGAGAUUGCAAAGGCUGCAAAACAAUUCAAUGUUCCCAUAAUAAGAGCUAACAGGAAGUUAGUUGCUUCGGUUAAUGGAAGGUUGCAUAAUCCUUCUCCUUGUUUUAAUCCUGAGUGGAACAAGGAGAAAUCACAAGGCAUAGCCAGCAGGUUUAAUCAUCCUUCGAAUUUAGGCAUUGGAAGGCCAAAAGAAGAAGAUAUUGCUUUUAUGAGCGUUCUUGAGUUAGGACAACUCAUUAUGACAAAACAGAUUACUUCAGAGGAACUUACAAGAAUUUUUCUGAAGAGAUUAAAAAGGUACAAUCCAGUACUCGAAGCUGUGGUUACUUAUACUGAAGAUUUAGCUUACGAGCAAGCAAAAGAAACUGACAAGUUGUUCUCCAAAGGAGUGUAUUUAGGGCCUCUCCAUGGCAUCCCUUAGGGGUUGAAGGAUAUAAUCUCAGUACCUCGUUACAAGACAACUUGGGGUUCAACAACUUUCAAAAAUCAAGUGCUUAAUAUUGAAGCCUGGGUAUAUAAGAGGUUAAAAUCAGCAGGGGCAGUUCUUGUUGCAAAGCUUUUUUCUGGAUCACUGGCCUCUGAUGACAUCUGGUUUGGUGGUAGGACUAGGAACCCAUGGAACAUUGAGGAAUUAUCUACAGGCUCAUCAGCUGGACCUGCUGCCUGCACCUCAGCUGGUAUGGUUCCAUUUGCAAUUGGUUCAGAAACUGCUGGCUCCAUUACUUACCCUGCAUCUCGGUGUGGAGUGACAGCAUUGCAGCCAAUUUUUGGCACGGUAGGACGAGCCUGUGUAAUGAGCCUAUCAGAAAGCUUGGACAAGCUUGGUCCAUUCUGUAGAUAGGCAGCUGAUUGUGCGGUUAGUCUGGAUGCCAUCAGAGGAAAAGAUCUAGAUGAUCAUUCAUCAAGGGACAUUCCCUUUGGUGGCCCAUUCUUAGUUGACAUCACAAAGCUUAUAGUUGGAUAUCUUGAAGAUGCUGACAAGGAGGUUGUUCAUGUGCUUGAAUCGAAAGGUGUUAAGGUGGUCCCUUUCAAACUGAGCUAUACUGUCGACUCUGUUCAAGGCGUCCUAAAUUUCACAAUGGAUGUAGACAUGUUGGCCCACUUUGAUGAAUGGCGUUCUGGGAAGGAUGAUGAAUAUGAAGCUUAAGAUCAAUGGCCCCUUGAGUUACGUCGUGCACGUGUAGUUUCAGCUAUAGACUACAUACAGGCACAAAGAGCUCGGGGAAAGUUAAUCCAAGAAGUAAAAGAAAGUUUUACUGUUGACGCAUUGAUUGGAAAUGCAACUGAUUGGGAGCGAGAAUGCAUGGGAAAUCUUGUAGGUUUGCCUGUAAUGAUUAUUCCGACCUGGUUCACGAACGUAUCUAAUCCGCCUCCUAACGGUACUCAUAGAAGAACCACCGUCAACACAGGCAUUUAUGCUCCUCCUAACCAUGAUCACAUUGCAUUAGCAUUGGCAAUGGCUUACCAGUCGGUCACAAAUCACCAUAAGCAACGCCCUCCCAUUGAUGAUCUUGGACCAAAUAACACAAUCCCCAGUCCCCCCACAGUUACCAUCCCUCCUUGA